AGUAGAACCAGGGUUAGGGUUAGAUAGAACUCUAACCCUAACCCUGUGGGAGGUUAUUAGAGAGAAUUAAUUAGAAUUUGAAUUAAUUAUAAUAAUAAUUAAUUAGAAUUAAUUAAUUAGAAUUAUUAUUAUAGAAACUAAACACAUUUAUAAUUUAACACAUUUCCUUAAGUAUUUACGAUUAACUAUAAACAUAACGUUUUUAACAAACAUUUUAUAAUGUGUAUUUUAAACUUAUUUAAAAACCUAGAAGCUUUAUCAUUAGGUGUUUCUGGGGUAAACCAAGGGAGACAUGAGUUGGGCUGAGAGGGUCCUCCAACCUUUUCCAAAAAAGUAACAUAAUAGAGAUAGUGAGCACAAGAGCAAUUAAAGUGGUCUUCCUGUGUGCGCACUAGAAGCAGGGUUUUACCACAAUAAAAAAACAUAAAACAUAAAAACAUAAAAAACAUAAAACUGACCAACAUACAUCAUAAGAGCAGAAAAAACUGGAAAAGAUAGUAGGGAGCUGUUCCAGCAGGCAGCUACUAAGGCGACACCAUCUUGGAUUGUUAUCUGUAUAUUGAUAUACAUAAUGUGUAUUACUUGCCUGAAAAUAUUAAACUACUGUAUAAGGUUGCAGUACACUCAACCAGACCUGUAAAUGUCUGUGAAGCACCUUGAAUUGUCUUUGCUGUAGAGAUUUUGCUGCCUUGUUUGGCCAUCUACUUGUGACCCAGUCAGCUUAAUUUAUUCAGGUGCUGUCUGGAGGUAUAGAGGGGCAUUGCCUCAGUCCAGGUACAUGGUAAUGGACAGUGUAUUACCUGCCUGAAUAUAUUUGAAGGGUACAGCACACUCAACCAGACUGUUCAUUAGUGACUCUAACCCGAGCUAUUUUUUUGCUAUGAUGGAUCUAAAUCGUCAUGCAGGUUAUUUCUACUCAGAUGGUCACAUACUUGUCUAGAUAUUAUUUAUAUAUUUUGAUGUUUAAGAUCAUGUUUUUUUCUCCUGAACUUUUUCGCCAGGUGUCUCCGCUGUUUGGCACCAUCUAUAACAUGGUGUAUUUUGUUGCGAAGGUGGUAGAAGAACGUCGUCAGGCAGGGGGUGGGCACUGGGUGACAGGUGACCAGCUUGUCCAAUCAGACGGAAGCUUUAAUUUCUAUGGCUUCAAUCAGGUGCUGUCUGGAGGUAAAGAGGGGCGAGGCCUACAGUCCAGGUACAUGGUGUUGGACAGUGAUGGAGACAGACUUGUUCCCACACACUUAUUAUCUCCAAUGAACACUGAUGACACACUUGGAGGUCUGAAGCCUUUGGGUCGCUCCUUUGUCUUCCCGGGUGGAGAACCGCCCAAAGCCAGUUUCUGCUGGUUCAGCCCAGAAGAAGCCUGCACUGGGGGUGUUGACACUAUGUCAACAUUUUUCCUUCUGCUGUUAGUCUGUGUUCUUAUUGGAGCAUUUUUCUACUGGAUAAGGAAGUUCAAGAGAGCAGCCAACAUCAGCAAACUGAUCCUGACUUUGGAUGACAUUGUCUUCAUUGACACUCAAGUCAGCAGGAAGAAAUUGAAUGAUGAGUCAAUCAUGCGGAGUCUUCUGGAAAUUAAAACUCCGUUCCGUUCAAUUGCUCGAAGUUACAUUCUGACAACACCUGAGAGCUCAAACAUUGGAAUCCUGGAGGGUGACUGGGUUUGGCUGAAGAAGGUUUCUGUUGGGAAGUCCAUGACUGCUGUCAAUCAGAACACCCAGAGUCUGUUUAGCCAUUUGAGAGAGAUGCGCCAUGAGAACCUCAACCUGUACCUGGGUCUGUUUAUGGACUGUGGGAUCUUUGCUCUGGUGGUUGAACACUGUCCUCGAGGAAGUCUGGCUGACCUGCUGGCAGAUGGCAACAUGAGGCUGGACUGGAUGUUCAAGUCUUCACUGAUCAUGGACCUAAUCAAGGGGAUGAAGUACCUUCAUCUACGAGGGUUGAGUCACGGACGUCUGAAGUCCACAAACUGUUUGGUGGAUGGACGCUUUGUCCUGAAGGUCACUGACUACGGCCUUCCCAUGAUCCUUCACGCUCAGAACCUUAACCUGUCUGAGGAUCCUCAGGAUCUGCUGUGGACGGCUCCAGAGUUGUUGAGGAACCCGGUCCAAGGAGGUUCAUUUGCUGGGGAUGUCUUCAGCUUCUCUAUUAUCACACAAGAAGUGAUUUCAAGAACGCUGCCAUAUGCCAUGAUGGACAUGCCUGCUCAUGAGAUUGUGGAUCGUCUGAAGAAUCCCCCUCCUCUGUGCAGACCAAUGGUCUCGGUGGACGAAGCUCCUGAUGACUGUCUCAGUCUGAUGAAUGAAUGUUGGAACGAAGACCCCAACAAGAGGCCGAGCUUUGACAACAUUUUCAAACAGUUUCGGGGCAGUAACAGGGGCAAGAGGGCAAACAUCAUUGACUCCAUGCUGCGGAUGUUGGAACAGUACAGUUCAAACCUGGAGGAUCUGAUUAGAGAAAGAACAGAUGAGCUAGAAGUUGAGAGGAAUAAGACAGAGAAGCUUGUUGGGCAGCUCCUGCCAAAGUCUGUAGCUCAGGCUCUGAAGAAGGGGAAGCCGGUUCGACCUGAACAUUAUUCAGAUGCCACUCUUUACUUCAGUGACAUUGUUGGAUUUACAACCAUCUCAGCUUUGAGUGAACCUAUUGAGGUGGUCGACCUGCUGAAUGACCUCUACACCAUGUUUGAUGCUAUCAUUGCUACUCAUGAUGUCUAUAAGGUAGAAACUAUUGGAGAUGCUUACAUGGUGGCUUCAGGUGUACCCAACAGAAAUGGGAAUCGCCACGCUGCUGAAGUGGCCAACAUGUCUCUGGACAUCUUGCACUCAAUCGCAGCCUUCAAGAUCAGACAUAUGCCUGAGAUGAAAGUCAAAAUACGCAUUGGACUACACUCUGGUCCGGUGGUGGCAGGUGUGGUGGGUCUAACGAUGCCCAGGUACUGUCUGUUUGGAGACACUGUGACCACAGCAUCACUCAUGGAGUCCAGUGGACUGCCAUACAGGAUCCACAUUAGCCUGAGCACUGUGAAGGUCCUGGCCAGCCUAAAACUGGGAUACCAUAUAGACACCAGGAAGGCACAGGUCAAGGGCUCAGAGGACACUUACUGGCUAAUGGGUCGAGAAGGUUUCACUAAACCUCUUCCUGUUCCUCCAGAUCUCAGUGGCGGGGCCAGUAACCAUGGCAUAAGUCUGGAUGAAAUCCCAGUUGAGAGACGACAGAAGUUUCUGGACAGACAGAAGAUGAUGAAGAAAUAAAACAUGUGAUUGUUAGGACAGCUGUCCUACUGAGCCACGAUAGACAGCUGUCUAUGAUCCUCGGGGUUGAUGGUUCCAGUUCCCCCACAAUUCCUGGACACAUGUUGAAAUUCCUGUGGAUCAGCAACUUAACAACAAAGACUUGGCUCUAAACAUGAACAGUAUCCAUGCACACACUACCUCGAAGACUGAGCUCAGACUGGUUUCUAGCAACUCAUCAUUAUUCUUAUACCAAGCAGUUCAUUUCUGUGCCUCAAAUGGGUCUGACGCUUGAUUCCUACUGUAAUCCUGUCAUACAGUAACUGCAGUAAUUGUACCUUAAAACUACUCAGUACAGUACGAUUAGAAAGUCUUUAGGGACGUUUCAUUUUAGACUUGUGUUAAUGUGGAGUUGAUGCCAAAGUCUGAGUUGAUAAGCAGUCAUUAAAUAAUCUUGGAGAGAAAAAAAAUAAUUUCUGUCUCCAAACCAACACUUACCUUCCAAACUGUUCCUGCUUGGUUGGUGUUGGUGCUUGGACAACUGGGUGGAGCAGAAUGUAACUUUAUUUUAUAGUUGUCAUUUCAUAAAUAAAAAAAAUUAACUCAUAAAUAAAUCCUGAAAUCAAAGCAUGUAUGACCAGAUGUACCAAAUUAAUUACCAUGUUGAAAUUUAUGCCAGCCGUUACCUACAUGUCACCGCACAUGGGCAGCCCAUGAUUUCCUAGAAUUUCCACUCUGGAUGAAUUCUGUCUCUGUGAAAUUAGUCAGAUGUCUGUUUGUCACGUUACAUCUUUGUUAUUUUGCCAGAACUAGUGACAGUGGAGAUGAAGACUCACAUGGGCCUUAAAGCUUCCUAUCCACUAAUUGCAUCAACAGGUUCAUGAAGCCUUGCUUAAGGGCUUCAGACUAGUGACAUCUACUGACCAAAGUCUGUGUAGCAAAAAGAGUGUAACACAAGAUGUACCUUCCACAGCUGUGGGAUAAAGGUGUCCCCAGCAUCCUACACAGUAUAUGUCAUGGUCCUCAUAUAGUAACUACAAAAAUAAAAAAUAGCCUUCAUUACAGUAAUACUUUAAAUAAACAUAUAUAACUAUAUACACAUAAUCUAGACCUAAGGGUUGCAAGCCAGUGACGUCUGUGCCGGUUCCAAGCCCAGAUAAAUAGAGAGGGUUGCGUCAGGAAGGGCAACCGGUUUAAAACUUGUCAAAAACAAAUAUGCAAAUUGUCCAUUUGAAUUUCAUACCGGAUUGGUCAAGGCCUGGGUUAACAACGCCCGCCACCGAUGCUGUUAACCAACGGUGUGCUGGUGGAAAUUAGGCUACUGUUGUUCGAAAAAGGAGAGGAGGCAGAAGGGUGUGUGUACAGAGAGAGAAGAGGAAAGGCAGGAGCAUAGAUCUGAGAACAGGGACUGUUAACGUUGGCAUAAUGACAGGGAAGAUAGUUGGCAGACAUGAUGGAGAGAAGGAAGGGGGAUGUACUAUGUGUGCAGGAGAUGAGGUGGAAGGGCAGCAAAGCAUGUAGUAUUGGAGGAGGAUACAAACUGUUUUACCAUGGUGUAGAUAGGAAGAGAAAUGGGGUAGCGUUAGGAAAAGAGUGAUAUAUGAGUUAAAAGAACCGUAUUUGGUUUAUCGGCGCUGGGGCAAGGGGGUUGGGAGGAAAGCUAAAUAUAUAUUUAUAUAUAUGUGCAAGUUGCAGGAAUUGCACAUGGGGGGGACCCCGGUUCGAAUCCCCGUCGGGGCGGAGUGAGCAUCCAGUGUGGGUCCUUGGGCAAGACCCUUCAAGCUACUGCCUACCUCAUAUGAUGAGAAACAAUAAAGCAAAUGAGAUACUGGCUCAGAUGUUGCCCGGUCUAACAAGGUCUGCUUGGCUAGAAGUGGGCUACUGGAACAAGAAGGAAAUGGCUGAGAUGCGAGAACAAGGCUCUGUUGGAAUGCUACUACUCAAGUAACCCUAGUCAGAGGGGUUACAUGCAAAGAAUGUGCGGUGAAUGGGAACGGAGAAACCCACAUUCAAGGCUGAUGGCAAAGCAACCAGUAGCUCAGUGUUCCAACAUCCACAAACAGCAACUGCUAUCACAACUUGAGAUUGACGAGGUACAAGACAAAUGCUAUGGUAAGGGGCAGCCAGGACGCCAGGUCAGAGGGAAGAUUUCAUCAUCUCCCCAACCGGAAAUUGGGUACGAAGCCCCAAUGAGCACGGACACGCUGAGCGCGGCAGCGACUGACCUGAAAGAUAAGAUCAUGACAAGAUUGAGCAGGCAACCCGAAGCCAACUACAACAACUAAGGGAAGUACCAUCAUAAAGUGUCAUGGAAGAUAUGAAUGCAGCAUUCAGAGCGAUCCCUACCACAACAAUCACUGAAACCAAUGAGCUGAUAUACGCUUCAGCAUCAGUGAUCCUGGAGGUGCUUGGCUAUAAGAGCAACCAUGGGAGCCAUGAGAAACAAUACCCACCAUGGAAAUGAGGGUUGAAAGCCAAAAUCAAGUCAGCUCGGAGGGAAGUGAGCCAAAUGACAGAGGCCCAGAGAGGUGCAAUGAAAAGACCGAUGCCCAAGAGUUACAGCCAGGGUUAGGGUUAGGUGAAGGAUAGGUUUAAGUGAAUUGUAGACUCUUAUUUGAGUUUUGGUGCACUGGCUCAGGUGGCUGUCGGCUCUCUGGUUAGGUCGCUACUUAUGAAGCUUGAAAUUUCCAAAUAGAAGUUGGUUUAUAGGAGAACACAAAAUGAAGUUUAUCUAUUUAUUACUUUUAUUAUUAUUAUUAUUAUUAACAUCAUCAUAUGAUUCAAUACAGUGAGGAGUUAAUCCUCGGAUAAGUGCUUAUGUUUAAGUGCUAUUAAUUAUGGUCACAAUAGGUAAAUCAUGCAUUGUGACUCAAGUGCAUUCAUUAUAGAAGAAGAAACAAAAACCAUAUAUACCAGGUGAGUAAUAUUACAAAGCUAUAAGUCUAAUACACAAUAUUCAUUAGUAGGCAUGCAAUAUAUAAAUAAAUAAAUAAUACCAAUAAAUGGCCAAGGAAAUAUUUACACAAGGUGCUCAUAAAUCCUUCUUUUGUUUCCCCUGUCUGUUCUAUAGGAGUUACAAGCUGUCUCCCCCAUGGAUCUGUGCAAAGCCUUCCUCCUCUUUUACCAAACGUCCUGAUUGUCAAAGUUUUCCCUUGCUACAAAUACACCAUUUUUCAUUUAAACCAGUUGGUGUUCUUGUGUUCAAUGUGUGUAUCCAAUGCCUCUCCCUUCUCUUCCGCUGCCCAUCUGUCCCGGUGGCCCGCCACUCCAGGCCAGAGAUGGUCAGAAAUCUGACCGAAUGAGUUUGAAAAUGUUUGACCAGUUCCUUAUCAAGUUGUCCUUUCUGAAUUGUGUACAGGUGUUGCUGGAGUCUAGUGGCAAUGUCAUGUUUUGUCUCUCCGAUGUAGAUCUUACGGCACAC